GGCCCGACGCGUUGCCGAGAGGAAGCGGAGCGCGCCGCGGCCCGUUAGGACCGGGAGCCCUCGAGGGGCGAGGGGCGAGGGGCCGCGGCGCGCCCCGGGCUGCGCGCGGGAGCCUGUUGUCCACGACCGGCUUCCACCGCUGGCUCCGCUGGAGGAGGGGGCCCCGCGGUCCGCUCCGGGGCCGGCAAACGAAGCCCCACCCGCGGGACCCGGGAUGGCGUCGGGAAAGGCUGGGACGCACACGGUCGGGACUGAGAGCCAGGCCUCCCGAGGGUGUCCAUGGGGGAGCCGAGGCCCGGAGCGGGAGGGGCCCCUCAGCGCUCCGCGUGGACACCACGGGUGGAGGGGGAGCAAGAACCGCCGUCCCCGUCGGGAGGGGUCCGCAAGAGUUCCGUGUCCGGUAUGAGGGUGGGCGCCCCCCCAGUGGCAGGCGCGGUGCCCCCUGGCCGAGGAGAGGUCGCCCAGGGGCCCCCUGGUUCCGAGACUGGCCCAACAGGUGCAAGAAUUGGCAGGUGCAGACUGGUGCGGCCCCUCGCGUGCCCCUGGAAACCCCCUCUCACGGGCUUCAGAAGUUGCUGGCUUGGGAGGCGCUGGAGAGGUUUGUGGGAUGAGGCGGCUGGACCCUCCCCAUGGAAGUUCCAGGUUGGGGCGGGGGAUGCUGCCAGAAAAACAAGCUGUCCGGACCUCGGCGCCGCGGGCUCCCGGGGGCGGCGCGCACGCCCUGUUUGCAGCCCCUCGCGUCUCUGCCCAGUGACUGGCAAGGAAACAGACCCCUGGGUUAGAGACGCUCAUGGUCCCCAAAUCCCCGCAGAGCGCGUCGUGACCCAGGGCUGGUCACACAGCUCAGGGGCACCUGUGCGCGGUGAGCCACGGCUGUCACUCUGCGCCGGCUCCGCAGGGCCGCGGCCUGAGCCCGAUGCUGCCCCGGGGCAGCCUGGACCAGGGCCAGCAGGCACCGGGCGCUGCGGCGCCUCCGCGUCAGUCUGCAGGGCUGUGCGGAGCCGCGCGUGGUCAAGGAGGGUACCCAGUCCUGGGGGUCCAUCCUGGCCGCUCCCCACUUGCGGUCAACACUGGGGGAGGUUUGGGCCCCCUGGUGGGUUCUGCUCAGAGCAGACGCGCCGGAGUCCGGAGUCCACCGAGUGAGUGAGCUCAGGGCUGCGUGGGCCUGGGGGGGGGGGGGGCGGGGAGACCCGGAAGCGGCAGGUGGCGGAGGGCGUCGGGGUUGGGAGCGGGGAUCUCUAACCUGCUCCGCGGGGCCCAGGCGCCGUCGCCGGGGAGGACCGGGUGGCGUGCCCCUCGAUCCCGGCCCCUGCCCCAGAACGGGGUUCCAGACCCGCCCGGUGGAAACCAGCGAACCUGGAGUCCCUUCUGCACCCCGCCUGCCUGGACCAGGCCGCAGACCCCCUCAGCCUCCCCUCUGGGUCCUCACUGCUUUGUGCGAGCCCAGGCCUACCUGCCCCCAUAGAGGCUUGAACCCAGAAAGGGCCACCUCCGUUUGGGCGGAAGGGCUUCGGGGUCCCUCUCCCCACCCCCUCCCUGGCCUCGGCUUCCAUGGCUCCUCCAUCUGAGGGAUCCCACCCCCAGACCCCGUGGGACCCUGGGGACAGAACCCUCUAGAACAUUGCCUGGCCCUCCCCGCCCGGUGCCCUUUCUCUGAACCCAGGAUCAACCUCCUACACACACAGACUUCUCAGGGUGACUGGGGGCUCAGCACGGCCCCUGGAGCACCCCCGCCCCCGCAGAGCCUCCGCCCCAAGGUUCCUGGAGCACCCGGCCCUACCCCACCCCCUCUGCUCUCUUUGGCCGCCGCAGUCACUGGGGUAACCGUGCUCCAGCCCCUUGGCCAGGAGGCUGCUCUGCCCAGCCCACCUGGUCAGAAGCUUCCCACACCUGCAGCCCUGCCUCUGCGCAGGCCUGGGGAGCCUGGUCAGACAGCUCCUGAGACGGUCACCAGGUGUGACGAGCCCCGCCCCCCAGCUGGGCUCCCUGCACUGGGAGGCCUGGCUGUGAGCUGGCACCCGGCAUGCCUGGGGGGCCUGUCACUGGCCUCUUCCCCAGAGAUACCCUGGAUUCGGAUACGGCCCUGAGACCGUCACUCAGCCCAGCCUUGGUUUCUUUCCCUGUAAGAUGGGAGCGACAGUACCUGCCUCUUGGGGGCUAGGAGGUGGCAGGGACAGAGGGGACGGCGCUUCUGCCCUUGGCCCUGCCCACAGGCAGCUGGGCCUGUGGGAGGCCAGGCCUGCAGGACCACAAGCUCAGGGACAGCCCGGGCUGGGGCCAUGGCCACCCGGCUGGCCAGUGCAGGCCCCGGGCCAGGCCUCUGAGCACCUGGGGGCCUUCCCGAAAGCUGACACUCGGGGAGACGCUGUCUUCAAGAUGCAGGCGAAGGUCUGAUCAAACGUCCGUGUGCCCUAACCUUGCGCCCGCGUGGCGGACAGCUGCCGGGGAGGCGGUGUGCUCGCUGCGCAGGCUUUCCCCACGGCGCUGGUGAGCCCGGACAACCGGGACAGCUGUAAACUCGGAUCUCUCGUAGCAGAAACGUCCAAAAGCAACAGACCCUGCAGACGAGAGCCUGGACACCAAGUCUGGCUGCACAAGCUGGGGGGGCUGUCCUGACUUGGGGUGCAUGACCACAGCCGGCCGCCCCUGCCAGUUCCGGCUCCUCCUUGAGCCAGACAGCAGAGAGGAGGCAGUGGGGUCGGCUGCCCCCUUGUGGCCAGUAAGAGCUGCAACCAUGACCCUGGAGGAGCCCAGGAAGGAAGGGGUCCCUGCCUCACUUGUGUCUGCCACUUGGGUCAUAUGGCCUCUGUUCCCAGCCUCCCUGACCCCGGCCUAGCCUGGGCAUCCACAUGGCUAGCAGGAGAGUGAGGUGAGAGGCCUUACUGCCUCCCAGCCAGGACUGGGCUGGCCUGGGAUUCCCGAAGACAGGCCAGCUGUACGGGUGAGCCACUAGGGGCAGGCAGCAGGGCAGCUCCAGAGGCCGGAGUGCUGGGGCCACGGCUGUGGGCUGAGCUGUCUGCACUGAGGGCGGGUGAGACUGCCUGGGACUCCUCUCUCCCCACCCUGGUGCCACCUCCCCAAGGUUGGCCAUGGUGACCUUUGUGCCCCAGGCUUCCAGGCCUUGACCUGCUGGCCUGCCUGUGGGCUGCUGCAGGCUGCAUGCGCCUGGGAAGGGCCCAGCCUGGCCUACGACCCCUGCCUGUUGCUGGAAGCUGGGCUGGGCUGUGGGGGUGCUGCCAGCCCUCUUCCCAGCUUAGAGAAGCCCCCUGGCCCCCUGCCGCGAGUGGUCCCAGGCACAGGCAGCCAGGGCCAGCGCUUCCUGGCUCCUAACCCCCAGCACCAGCUCUGCCACUUCCUGAGAACCAGACUCCUCACUGUCCUGCCGCCUUGCGAGGCUGGCGAGCAGCAGAGGGGAGAGCAGGUACGAAGUCCGGGAUGUGGCAGCGGGAAGGACCAUGGGACGGUGACGAUGGGCACGCGGAGGCACGGGGAGCUGACCUCACCGAGCUCAAGGCUGGCUCCCCAGGGCUCACGCCAACCCCGUAGCUCGUGGCACGUCCCAACCUUUCCCAGGUCCCCACCCCACCCUUCCAGCGCUUCCUUAGCUGCACUAACCUUGGGCCAGUCCCCCGCCCCUGCCAGAUCCGGGCUCUGCCCUUGGGGUGGGUGUCGUCUGCAGGAAGGGAUGACCCACCCCACGCUGAGUGAGGUACAGCAACUUCCCGGUCCAGGGAGCCCCUCCCCCGCAGACAGGGAGGGGGCUCCUCAGGGAGGGGCUGCCCUGCUCCCCAUCCCCCACUGCACGCAGGCAGGCGAGGCUGGCCCGGAGGCCUCCGGGACCUGCCUGCCUCCCACCCCUGCCUGUAGGUGCCUGACAGACGGGCCUGGCGCUGUAGCUGCAGGAGGGCUCCCUGCAAGGCUGACUCCCUGGUCAGUGGCAGCAGGGCCGGCUCCCCCGGCCCCCGCCGGGCAGCUGCCCAGGAGCCCAUGUGGCGAGGAUGGGGGCCACCUCUGUGCUCUGCCCGCUAGGCAGGGAGAUAGGCAGCCACUGAGGCCCCCUGGGCACCCCUACUCUUUUUUUUUGCUGCCAAAGACAGCCCCGCAUUCUGGAACUUUCUCUCCAGCGAGUGGCUACAGGGACUGCCCCAUCCACUCACAGCCCUGCCCUCCAUGGGCCUGGGCUCGAAAGGCCCCACAGCCCCUGCGUUCUCCCUGCUGGGCCCCCAAAGGCAGCCCGAGACCAAGGCCACCAGGGGACGGGCCCCAAGGAGGGGUGGCCAAGAGCACAGGCCAGCGGCUCAGCAGCAAGUCCUGCCUCGGCUGUCCCACCUCCUGGCUGAGUGCGCUCGGCCCGGACGCAGCCGCCUCGCCGCUGGAGCCCCGGCAGCCGGGGGUCGGCGCUCGCACAGAAACCAGAGCGCCUGCAAUCCUUAAAUAG